AUAUAAAUGUAAAUAUAGUGAAUGUGAUAAUUGGUUCGUUUUCUGUGGUAAUCUCCAAACAGAGCUUUCCUUUUUUUUUGUUUGUUUCUCUCUCUAGAAUCUAGAGCUUCGAAUUUCUGUGCAAAGUUUCAUGGUAACAAGAGCAAACCUUAAUUUUGAUGAUCUAAUUUUGCUGAAUAUUAUUUCAGAUGGCUUCAGUAUUAGCUAGGCUUCCCGCCUCGCCGCUGAUGGUGGUCAACGGCGGAAGACAGCCGGUUUUUGGAACAAUUCAGAAAUUGGCGGUUCCAACUAUUAAAGAGAGACAAGAUCGCCUUGGAGUAAUAGCAAAGGCGACAGGUGAAAGCUCGGAUUCUUCAAUUGUCAAGUCUGUACUGAAUGUUUGGGAUAAAUCUGAAGAUCGUGUGGCUCUGGUUGCUCUAGGAUUUGCCGGUGUUGUGGGUUUCUGGGCAUCAAUUAAUCUUGUCACGUCGAUCGAGAAGAUUCCAGUAGUCCCAGGUGUGCUUGAGCUCAUUGGAUUAUUGUUUUCCUCGUGGUUCACAUACCGAUAUCUCUUAUUCAAACCCGACAGGCAAGAACUUUCUCAGGCAAUCAGCAAGUCAAUAUCGGAUAUCCUGGGACAGUAAUGUGAAGAGUGAAGCCACCAACCGGCUUUCGUGAUUUUGUGCUGUGUAAAAAAUGUGUUAUUUUUAGCCUUAAUUCAUAACAUUUGUGAUUCUAUGGAAGGACUGAGUUAUCCUUCUUAAGGCUUGUUUGGUUUGAACGAUAGGAUUAUGUGGAUUGUUAAAUAAUAU